AUGUCUUCUCCAGACAAGACAGUAGCCUUCAUAGGCUUGGGUGUGAUGGGCUACCCUAUGGCCAUAAAUCUUCGCAAAGGUUUGCCUUCGCACUACACACUCCUCGUAUGCGACGUUGUUCCCUCAGCCCUCGAGAAGUUUCACUCCGAAACAUUAAACCAAGGUCCCGUGAAGACAAUUCAAAACGGCUUCGACGCCGUACAACACGCAAAUACAGUAAUCACAAUGCUCCCCGGCUCCGCAGCCGUUAAAGACGUCUAUCUGAAUCCGUCUACGGGCGUUAUUGCCGGUGCAGAAAAAGCAGUUCAAGAAGGCGGAUCUGAGAAAACCAUAAUGGAGUGCGGUACCAUCGAAAUAGCAACGAUACUGGAGGUCGCAAGGCGCGCGAAAGAGUCCAGUGUAGCCGACAAACUAACAUUCGUAGAUGCGCCUGUCUCAGGAGGGCCAAUGGGCGCGCAAGACGGGACGUUGACGUUCAUGGUGGGCACAGUCAACAAGGACGUUUUUCCCACCGUAAAAUCGUAUCUCUCGCACAUGGGCAAAGCCAAUGCGGUGUUCUUGUGCGGAGAUGUAGGCGCUGGAACCGCAUUCAAGGUCAUCAAUAACUACCUCUCUGCCAUCACAUCGCUCGCAGCCUCGGAAGCACUCAACAUUGGCGCGAAGAUGAAUCUCGAUCUCGCACUUUUAACAGAUGUCAUCAAUGUCAGCGGAGGGCAGUGCUGGGUAACAUCAAAGAGCAACCCGGUGCCAGGGAUCCAGGCGAAUGUGCCGAGUUCAAGAGACUACGAGGGCGGGUUCAGAAUAGAGCUAUGUGCGAAAGUGCUGAAGAUGGGGAGCGAGCUUGCGGAUAUGGUGGGCGCGCGGACGAUCCUGGACAAGCCUACGUUGGAGGCGUUUGGGGAGGCGAUGGGGGAUGAGAGGUAUGAGGGGAAGGAUGCGAGGGUGGUUUAUAAGUGGCUGAACGAAAGUGAAAAGAAAUAA